AUGGCUCUUGACGUUGGCCCCACAUCUCACUGCGCGCCCCCCUCGACGGACGCGAUCAUCUCGCCAUCUGACGAGCAGGCGAUCGGCGCUUCUCCUGUGGCGCGAUCGACUACCGCGACCACCUUGAUCACCCCUGCUGCGGCCGCGUCUACCCCGCCUUCGGUGGAGAUGUCGACCUCCGCGACCACUGCUACCUUGGCGACGGUGACAAUUGCUGCGUCCUCCCCCGCUACGGCUGAGGCAGCGAUCGUCGCGACCACACCGAUGCCGAUCGCCGCUUCGCCUGCUGUUGAGGAGGGGAUGUCUCCGGUGCUGGCUCGCACUGUCGAGGACAUAUCUGUUACUCCGACUGAGGAACUUUCUGCUGCGGCUGAGGCAGCGGCCGCCGCGACCUCCCCGGUGCUGUUCGCUGCUUCGCCUGAAGGGUUCUCCCCGGCUAUUGAGGAGGGAGUGUCUCCGGUGCUGGCUCGCACUGUCGAGGACAUCUCUGUGACUCCGGCUGAGGAACAUUCAACUGCGGCUUAG